CUGACCAAACGACCACAUAUGUUCCACGUUACUUGGCAAGUAACUCCAGACUCCAGCCACGAAAAAUCCCCCUCUUUCAAGUCCGCUACGUACAAUGAAAGGCAGCGAACCUCCUCCCAAGGCGGCAGACCUUUUUUCCCUCACGUCACGUCCCGUUUCAAGAUACAAAAGGUUUCUCUCGCAGACGCCGGCCGCCGAGAGUAAAGCCUCUCCAUCCGCCGCUCAGGCAGGGGGAGCGUUUUUUCACCGCCGUCGGCCCCUCGCCGCGCUGAUCCACCUUCCACCCACCUCCCAGGCCCUCGCGCUAGCGUCUCUUUCCUCCCACUUCAAUGUCUCUUCAAACUGCGGAGGCGUUCAGACAUUGGGCGGCAAUCAAUUCAGCGUCCAAAACGGCGUUCGAAGCGGCGGCCAAACCGGCGGCCACAGAGGCGGUCGUAGCACUGCUGCCAUUGACAGAAGUCAGCGGCUUGAGGAAUCCGUUCUCAAGUCCCAGAUUCAAGGACUCGCACUUCGUACGACCGACGGCUCGUUGUCGGUGGCCUUUCGGGGCCAAGAGCGGGCGCAACGCCGUGACGGCGCUCCAAAUCCGCCCGUUCUGAAGCCACUUCAGUACCGCGACGAUUGCCAGCCGCAGCAUGAGCAGCAGCAGCAGCAGCAGGUGCUGCGGCAGGUGCAGCAGUUGCGGCAGCGGGCGUUUCGUUUUCCAUUACUACAAGUGCCGCUGGAUCAUGCGAAGAGCAAGCGACUGGAGGACGUUGUCGCAGAGCUCAACCAGAUUCCGGUUCAAAUCGAAGAAACACACCCUUCCGCGUACUAUUACCGCGAUUUCCCCGCAUCGUCCUUAACUAGUUGCUCCCCUGCCGGCGGCAUCCUUCCUAGCUCACUCCCCUCCCUCGUGAGCGGCGCGGGGGCGUGCGCCAGCGACGAGAAGAAGACAUACGCGAACGCUGCUUUCAGGUUGAACGUUGCUUCAAGCGAGACAGUGAAUUUGAGCGCUGUUGGGGCAGCUGCGGCGCCAGCAGUCGCAGUUGCAGCAGCAGCACCAUCAGCAUCAGUGACGGAUGUCGCGAUGGAAAACGACGAAGAUUGUGAUGAUUGCACUCGCCAACGACACAGAGCUGUGACGGAGGGAAUGGCCAGUUUAAGGCUCGGAACGGGUGGAGAGGAGGGGGAGGCGGAGGAGGAGGAGGUGAAGGAAGCGGAGGAGGAGGCGGAGGAGGCUGAGGAGGCGGAGGAGGGGGAGAAGGCGGAGGAGGAGGCGGAGGAGGAGGCGGAGGUGGAGGGGGCGAGGGAGGCAACGAGGGAUGCAGAGCGGGAGCGAGACAGUGAGAAAGGGGUUACGAGUGAGCAGGAGAGGCAUCGGCUGGUGGCACUGCUGGUGAGUUACGUUGAGAGGAUGAAGAAACGGACGAAGCUCCAGGAUAAGAAGGAGAAGAGGAAUCGCUGGUCUGCGCAUGGAGAUCAUGCUCAGCAUGGUGGUCAUGCUUACCAGGCUGGUGCGAGCAAUCAGGGCCAGGGUCAGAUGGAAGAGACUCUUCAUCCCGGGGUGAGGCGCGAGGUGCUGCAGGUGAUCUCUGAACGAGGGAUUACCCUGCCUACUGCCGCGCGCCAGCAGCACAGCUGUAGUGCAAUGAGCGUUGCUGCGUUGCUGCCAGUACCAGCAGCAGGGACACUAUCAACACCACUUCCGCCACCAGUUCUGACAUCUGGUCUAACAUUACUCCGUACAUCUGUGCCAGCGUCACCGCCAGCAUCAGCACCACCACCAUUGCUAGUAAGGCCGCCCACCUCUCGUCUGCAGCGCUGGUCAUCUCUUCCGGUCCAGUCUUUAGAAGCAAUCAUUCCAUCGCCGCCCUUGUCAGCUUCCCCUUUUUGGAAGACAUUGGCACAUCAAUCCCCUCUCAGGCAUUCCACUUCCAGCCAACGUCCUGCUGCCAGACCUUUGCCAUCAGUCCAAGAGCCUGUCAGCAUGAGGUUGCAGGAAACUCAGAUUGCAGUCCCAUUCUGCUCUCUGAGUGAUAGGAGAGUUGAGGUAGAUGCCACACAGAAGCAUCAGCAGCAGCAACAUCAUCAGCAGCAGCAGCAGCAGCAGCAGGAGCAGCAGCUGCAGCAGCAACAGCUAGUACCAUCAGAGCCACGCUACCCUAAGCCAGAACCUAGUGGGCUACGGCGAUGGUCGUCCCUUCCUGUCGACACCUCGCUUCCUGCAGGCGUGAAUCCAUGGGCAGCAGGUGGCAGUCCAAGCCAAUGCUCCCCAUUGUUACAGCUCACCGAAACUGUUCCGUGGUACGCGCAUGAAGAUCCGCUGUUCUCGUCAGCUCAAUUGGGGAUAGCAACGAGCUGCGGAGCUACCUGGAGCCGGGAACGCUCGUUCCAGGCCUCAAGCUUGCUCCCAACCUCUCACAGUGCGGCCAAACCAGCAAGCAGCAACCUUGAUGUACAGAAAGAACUGCUGCUCCCGAAGGAGGCUGCAGCUUUGGCUGUGCUAAGCUGCCUGCACGGGUCGGAGGACACGCCUAUGAUGCCGAUGCUCGGUGUAGAGCCGAAAGAAUUGGGUGUGCCUGUUGCACGAAUGGAGGGCAUGGCUGUCGAGGAGCAGGUCGAGCUUGACCUCAACUUGCACCUAUGAGGAAUUGUUGCAAAGUUCAACAUUCACCUGAAUGCACUUUAUUACAUUUUGUCAAACAUAUUGUUAUAUGUUGCUGUAGAUUAGAUAGGGGCAUGCCUUAACGAGUACAACAUUUUAGGUCAAAACCACCGUGUAC